AUGUCUACCCCGUUAUCCUCCUUGACACCCUCGCGCCAGAACUCUCGAGCCUUCUCGCCGAGCUAUGGCAAACCUGCUUUUGCUGUAGAGGAGGACGAUAUGGAUGCGCCUGAGGAUCCCAUAUCGAGCCCCUUCAAAGUGUCUACAGAAGUCCAAGAAGAAGAUCCCAUCCCUGAGCACGAUGUCUACGAAUCGCACGACGAUCAGGUUUUGGACAACGAUGAUGUUGAAUCAGUGAUGCCAGCACCUAGCUCGCCGUUCCAGUUCAAUGCAAGAGAAGAGACUGUGGACUUCCAGAGACUGCGGGCCCUCAAUCGGCGCAUGUCUUCAGGGGGCAUCGGUGACCACUCCAUGACGCCUAGAAAGCGCUCCUACGAGCAAGUCCCUGACGGUACGGAUGGUGAUGAGACCCCAAAUGAUAGAUACAAGAAGGGUACUGGUCCGAGAAGCUCUCCAGAUAUCAACGUCUACGCUGAUGAGGACGUUGACUUCGUUGCUGAUCACGACCUGGAAGAAGGUGCUGGCCAGGAAGUUGUGAAUAGCAUGGUGGAGGAAAAUAACAACGAAGGCAUGAGCACUGUCCUCCAUGAGAAUGAUAAGGACAACUCCCAAGAAAUGGAUGAGAACCUUGACUUGCAGGAAGCAGACGACGCUAUGACGGAUGACUCCAACGAAUCUAUGGAUGAGACACGCCUCAGCACAUUCUCCGCUAUUCCAGAUAUGACCACUUUCGCACGACUUCGAAAUGAUUCGCCUUACAAGACAUCACGACCUCAUCUAGGCGACGCGGAAUUGGCCAGUCCUUCCCCCGCAAGGAGGUCACCUCGACGAAGCAUUCUCAACAAUAUGGGAACCCCUCUUGCAUCCCCUGCACCACGAAAGCGAGAAUCAAGAAGCAUACAUGAUACGCCUAACCUGCUUGAUUUGACCGAUCAGCCAAGCAUUUACCCCCGUCAGCGUUAUAGUGUACAGAAUGAGCGCUACUCUCCUUCCCGCCGAUCUCCCUUGAGGACCGCCAGAGACUCCGUAAGAUCACCUGCAAAGGCUUCCCUUUUGGACUUUGACAUCCCCUCUGUGCCUACUCCUCGGUCAAUUCCAACGGUCACUCCCCGGGAGCUUGAGACUCUGAAAUCCGGCUUCCUCUCCGAGAUCUCUUCCCUCAAGGCCACUCUCAGCGGGAAGGAAGCGGAGGUUGCCAGUCUCAAGCAGGCAGUUGCAGACGCAGAACGCCGCGUAGGGGAGGCUCUAGAAGAAGUUCGUAACGAAGUUGCGCGCAAGGAAUCUCUGGAAUUUGAGCAAGCUGAGUGGCAGCGGAGGGGCCAAGAAAUGGAAGAUAUCCUUAGAGAAGUGAGAGCUGAAAUUGUCGAGGGUGAGCAAGAGAAAGAACGAUUGGCGAGGAAGGUGGAUGAGGCAGAGAAGUCUAGGGAGCAGUUGGAGGGCCGAGUGGUCGAACUGGAGAGUCAGUUGGCUUCGGCUCUCCAGUCUGCCUCCUCCGCUGGGAACGCAGCCCCUGAAAAUACGUCUCGCACCAAGACGUCCGAAGAGACUGCCAAAGAAGUGCAAGAGGCCGUGGAGAAAGUUGCACGUGAGCUUCAUACGCUUUACAAGAGCAAGCACGAAACCAAGGUCGCUGCAUUGAAAAAGAGUUACGAAGCUCGCUGGGAAAAGCGCGUGCGUGAAGCCGAGAAUAAGCUGACUGCUGCCAACGAAGAGAAUGAGCGACUGAGAAUAGAGCGAGAUGCCGCCGUGUCAGAGCCCCCACGAGUCGACCCUAGUCUAUUCGCACAGGAGCGGGAGGAGCACGAAGCAGAGAAGCGUGUGAUGGAGGCACAGGUCAAGGGAUUGCAGCAGGAAAUGACGGCACUGAAAGAAGACAACGAGCGCCUGCACGCGGAGCUGAAGCAGGAGCGAGCAGAGAAAGGCGAAUUGGUGGCAGCUGUGGACGAAUGGUUGGCAAUCCAGCAGGACCAGCCCCCAGCACAGAGCGCCCCUCUGCCUUUGACCACCAGAGAGCUUGAGUCGCCAGAGCCAGUGUUUGCCGCCCCGGAACCUCCCACUGAGAGCUUCCAGAGGAGCGUUAGCCGUGGCAGCACCUCAGGUGGCAUUCGUCCUCCAAGUACCACCUCGAGCAAUGGCGAAAAGAGAAUCCCUAGGAUCGGAGCAGUGGGCAACAGACAUGCUCGAGGCAACAGCGGCAGUAAGUCCGGGAUCGCCCUCCCCACACCCGGGCGCAGUGGUAUCAUGGGAUCCAUUGAACGAAUGGGCCGUGGUGGUGCUUAA